UGCUUCAGCCCGGUGACUGACUGACAGUCUCCUCAGCCGCUUCACUGCCUAUCAGUCCCCACCUUGUGGGGCCUCCCGGCUCCUCCAGUGCUUGGGCAGGCGAUAGGGACCUGGCAGUUUCUGACUAGAUGCUCAGCCGCUGACUGCCAGGCGCGCACAGCCAUGGACAGCUCUUGGGUGGAGAACGGGACUCUUGCCCCCUUCGCUUCGCUCUCCCCGGAGCCCGAGAACAGCAGCAGCGGCAGCCCCAGCCCCUCCAGCCGGGUGCCGCAGGCAGGCACGGGGCCGGGGGGCAGCCCCCAGUUCUGGGACACCCCUCUGAACCAGGGUUUGAGCGUGUUCGUGGGGCUGGCGCUGUGCACCACCAUGCUGGGCUUGGGCUGCACCGUGGAGCUGAGCCAACUCGGGGGGCAGCUGCGGCGGCCGGUGGGUGUGCUGCUGGCGCUGCUCUGCCAGUUCGUGCUCAUGCCCCUGCUGGCCUUCCUGCUGGCGCUGCUCUUCGCCCUGGACGAGGUGGCAGCGGUGGCCGUGCUACUGUGCGGCUGCUGCCCUGGGGGGAACCUCUCCAACAUUAUGUCCCUGCUGGUCAACGGAGACAUGAACCUCAGUAUUAUCAUGACCGCCUCCUCCACCCUGCUGGCCCUGCUGCUGAUGCCCCUGUGCCUGUGGAUAUAUAGCCGCGCCUGGAUCAACACGCCUCUGGUGCAGCUGUUGCCCCUGGGGGCCGUGAGUCUGACCCUAUGCAGCACUUUGCUCCCCAUCGGCGUAGGAGUUUUCAUCCGCUACAAGUACACACGGGUCGCCGAUCUCUUACUCAAGGUUUCCUUGUGGUCCCUUUUAGUGACUUUGGUGCUUCUUUUCAUUCUGACUGGCACUAUGUUGGGACCUGAGUUGCUGGCAAGUAUCCCUGCGUCUGUCUACAUAGUAGCAAUCUUGAUGCCCUUAGCGGGCUAUGCCUCAGGAUAUGGCUUAGCUACUUUAUUUCACCUGCCACCUCAUUGCAAGAGGACAGUGUCCUUGGAAACAGGAUGUCAAAAUGUCCAGCUCUGCACGGCUAUACUGAAACUAACUUUUCCACCACACCUCAUAGGAAGUAUGUAUAUGUUUCCCUUGCUUUAUGCACUUUUCCAGGCUGCAGAAGCAGGGAUUUUUGUGUUAGUGUACAAGAUGUACGGAAGAGAUACCUAUAAACAAGAUCCUCUAAAUGAAGAUGAUGACACAGAUAUUUCUUACAAGAAACUGAAAGAGGAGGAAAUGGCAGAUACCUCAUACGGCACAGUGACUACAGAAGAACGCAAUUCUAUUCUGAUGGAGCCUGCACAGACUGCACUGUAGAUGGACAACAGAGCAUCAGAAGGGGACGCUUGAGUUACAGUAAUAUUAUAUGGUAUUUGCGAUAUGUUUUGGGAACUAGUAAAACAGGCAGCUGGGGUACUGACCAGCUUCCAUAACCCACCCAUCUACUCCCAGUGUAUAAAAUGACCAUACGUUUACUAUUGUGCCAGUUGCGAAUAUUUUCCCCCACAUAUAGCCUUAUAUGUACAAAAAUCAAUGUGAUACAAGGAGAUAAGUCUACAUCUUCAUACGAAGAAGCUCUUUGGUGAAUUAAGUAAGGCAGGGACAGCCUUACUUAAUGAAUGAAGCAUUUUGUCGGAAAGGGUUAAUUUGUGAUGUGAACAAACGAGCAAAUUAGAUUAUAUUUGUAAAGUGUCGUUCAAUUUCAUGCAUCCCAUUAGUUGUAAAAAACAUCCUGUCUAUUGUUCUGAUGAUAAAUGCGUGGAAAAGAUGAAUUAAUGCUGUAUUAAUCACUAAUUAAAAUCCCUCCAAAGAUAACUAAAAAUUAAAAGGAAGUGCAAGUAA